AUGGCUGAGGAAGACACUUCGAAAUAUUUUAGAGGUGUCCAUGAGGUAGAAACUAUAGAACCGGGAGACUUUGAAGCCAAUACGACAGCCACGAACAGCAACUGCAGGAAAAAUCCUGGACAUACAAAUUUUAUUCCCGUCAAAGAUUUUUCUAUGGCUCAUCUCCCGGCGGAGUGUAAAGACGAUGACGUGUUUCAAUUGAUCAAAGUGUUGUCCGACAUGACAGUCAGGAUAAAGGUCAAAUGUGUCAGUGCCGAACGACCAGAUUUCAUACCUGGAACCAGUGACCCGUAUCCGUUAUCAGAGCAUAAAGGGUCAACCACUAUGGGUACAGGAACAGGGAAGCUGGACGACCUGACGAUGUACAGGGAACAAGCAAAAAGUACAUUAGACAUAUACUGCCCGUGUUCAGGGUGUGUUGGGUCUAAUAAAAAAACCAAUCAUUGGGGGAAAUUUGAGGUGAUCACGGCAAGACACGUCGUGUACGAUGACGUAGAGGCUGCAAAAACGACGUGUACCUUUUGGCAUGAUGAUAAGCAAAGCUCCACUGUAGAGCUCAAAUUGUGGAAAAUUGAUCAGCCCAGUACGAACGAGGAUUGGGUGCGUCUGUAUAUUCCAGUGUGUGACGUUAAUCUCCUGGAGAAACUCAAAUCUUUGCUGGCACGCCAUUUGGAUCUAUGGCAGACCGUCAAUGACAAAUACGAGAAAAAGGAAAAUAAUAUCACGUUUAUCGUAUCUCAUCCACAUGGUAAUUUCAAGAAAAUUUCGAUCGGAAAAUGGACCGUUAAAAAAUAUGUUGAAUACGGAAACACAAAAUAUGCUUACACCACGCCCACAUGUCCAGGCAGCAGCGGCGCUUACAUUUACAGAUUGGGCAGUUUGUUGACAUUACACACUCACAGUGGGAGUAACAAAUGGGGCAAUUACUGCGGCGUUGAUUGUAAUUAGAUGGACACUAAUGACCUCACACACUCUGGGAGUAACGAAUGGGGUAAUUACUGCGGCGUUGAUUGUAAUUAGAUGGACACUAGUUAGACCUUACACACAUUUCCAGUUUGUCUACACAGACAUCUAUACAUUUAUGUAAACACACAAAUACACAUAUUAAAACACACACACAAUUCAAAAGGUGACAACUGCAAAAAUUGUUUCUAAAUAUAACAACAGGUGACGUUCAAAAUGUUAAAAACAUCUGCA